UGUAAAUCAAAAAUCAAAAAUAUCAAAAAAAUUUUAGUGGGAUAAUAUCUCUGACAAUACUCAGACACAAAUUCCUUACAUACUGAAACGCGAUACAGCUCUCAAAUAUUUAUAUUUGUAUUUGUAUACAUCUACCAUAUCCAAAAAUAAAGGCAUUCAAUGUGCUUAAAGAAAGACAAUACAGCUAAUGUGCUGCUUUAUCUGGUCAGAAGAAGAUUACGCAUUUGUUAUCUGCUAGAAUUUAUUUAUUGGGUUUUGAACUGCCAGUAAGGAAAAAUAAUUCUUGCAUAUUUGCGAAUUUCAGAAGCGCGUUAUCUCCUCUUUAAAAGUAAAAUUGACGAGUAUGUAAAUUAGUGCAAUAUUUUUCAAGCGGGAAAAAAACACAGACCAUGGAAUAUGGUAGUGGAAGAGAAUGUUAUACUGAGCACGGAGUAACAAGUGUUACUUGGCGAAUUAAUCCAAGAGGAGAGUAUCUUCUGAACGUCAAAAUGGUGCAAACGUCGAUCAUACAUAGCUACGUUUGUUGUUAACGAACGUUAAAGCACAAAUCCAGAAAUGGAUAUAAAUAUUAUACGCUACGUUUUUAUUUUGAAUUCGAUGAUUAUUCUUUCAUUCGGAAUACUAAUUAAUUGUUUCGAACCUUAUUUACCUAUAUUGAUAACGCGACUUUUUCGUUAUGGCAAGUUCAGCAUCAAAGUGCAACAGGCUCUAGUAGCAAAACUUGAAGUACCCAAAAGAUGGUUUAGACAUUUUUAUAUUUUUGCUGGACCAGCCUCGACUAUUAUACUGUGCUUGAUUCUUUACAAAUAUCUCUAUAAUGGAAAUAUACCUGAAAUUGUAUUUAUAUUAUUGGAUACAUCAUUAGGAACAUCAAGAAAACCUUUAAUAUCAGCCGAAUAUGUAAUUCUAGCCAUUGUCAUAUUUAAUAUACAUUGCUGGAAAAGAGCAUAUGAGACAUGUUAUGUUAAUGUAUAUAGUGAUCAAAAGAUGAAUAUACUCCAUUAUUUGGUUGGGCACAUACAUUAUAUAGGAACACUUCUUUGUAUAGUAGGUGAAUCUGAAGGAUUUGUUAAAGAUUCGCGCAUUAAUUUAUCCUUGUCCAAACUGACGGUUAUAACAAUAAUUUAUGUGACUAUAUUUCUAUGGUCGUCAUAUAUGCAGCUUAAAACAAAUAUUAUCCUUGCAAAGUUGCGUAAAAACAAACACGGUGAUAUUGUAUCUCACAAGUACAGAAUACCCGUUGAUGGAUUAUUUAAGUAUACAUCAGCUCCAUUGCAGUUUACAGAAAUAUUUGUAUACUUAAUGUUAUCUGGGAUCCUUUGGCAAGCUUCUACGUAUCAUUAUGUCACUAUUUGGGUUAUAACAAAUCAGGUAUUAAAUAGUUUUGUACGUUUCUUUUCUCCCUUCGACAAUACAAUACAAAUCAUUUGUUAUUUUAGGUGGAAACUGCAUUUUUAUCUCACCAAUGGUAUCAUGACACUUUCAAAAAUUACCCAAAAGAAAGAAAGAUUUUAAUUCCGUAUGUAUGGUAAGAAAUCAAAUAAUUAAAUUCAUAAAUAAAUCACAAGAAAUAUACCGAUAUACCAGUUCUAAUAAUCAUUGUUAUAUAAUGCUGAUAAUUGUGAUAAAAUUUAAUGAUAGAGAUUUAAUAAAUUUU